CGCAUCUACCAUUAGAUGAAGAUGAGAAGCAUAUGCUACAAAAAAAGAGCUAAAUCGAUUUCGCUGCGAGAAAAAGCGGUGUGCUCUGAAAUUAGGGUUGGCAUGGCAGCGUUCCAACUUUCUCCAUCGGAGAGGAGCGAUCUGCUCCAGCACGUAGUCCGAUUGUUGACGACGGAACCAGAGAAGGAGGUUCUGAUCGGCCUGUUUGUGAGAUUGUUGAUCCAAGGUUCCGACAACACUUUCGCAUUUCUCAAAGAGCUGGAUCAAGAUUCUCCUGUGUUCUUCAAUCUUGAAGUGUUGGAUCAAUACAUGAAAGAUGGCCUGUGGACCAAGGCAGAGGAGUAUUUGGGGAAAUUUUUGGAGCCUGGGCAUCACAUUCUCGCUGCUUUGCGUAAUAUAUGUGAUGAUGCAGAGUUGUCUGAUGAUUCGGACAGUGUUUCCAACACUUGUUCCAAGAUAUUCUAUGCCAUAGAAAGGGAAAGGGACCGAAUUGUCAAUGAAAUGGAGCUGAAGCCCAUCCAUCACAUUCCAUUGUUUUGUCUGGUUGAUGUGGUAAAAUCACAAGCUAAUCAUCUGGUAAUAUAUUUUUGCCUAUUGCCUGAUUAUUAAUUAGUGUCCUAUUCGAUUUUGCUGUCUUAGCUCUGUAAUUUUCUUGUCGAAGUGGCCCAGUUUUGGCUUGUGAGGGAGAAGUUUUAGCAAGUUUAUGAUACAACAAUCUUUAGUUGGGAAGAAACAGGCAACUGAAACGAAAUGAAUAGAAUAAACAGAUCACCGGAGGGAUAUUUUCUGCUUAAACUGAAAUUAUUUGAGGUUUUUUAAUUGUUGCAUAGGUGAAAAAAAACCGAGAAGAAAGAUAGAUGGCAUCAUCUUGUUCCAGCAUAUCUUACUGUAUGUACUAAUCAAUGAAUUACUGAAAUAGAUGGAUGCAUGU